AUGGAAGCUUCACUUUAAAAGCCAACCUAUAUCACAGUUAAGCUAGUUGAACCUGAAAGCAGAGUGUUCAUUCACCUUAAGAUUGUCUCAGUCACAAUCGUGAGCGAGAAGAAGAAGUUCGACGGAAGUGUCGUUAAGCAAGCUGAGGCUGUUGCUGGUGAUGGCACUGGAGUUGUCACUCUUAUUGCAAGAAAUGAACAGCUUGAUACUGUGGUGGAAGGAGCUACCAUUUAGGUAAUGAAUGCACUGGCCAAAGUGCAAAACAAGUUCCUCAAGAUCGAUAUUGAUAAGUGGUCUAGAGUCACACCUUCAGACUAGGUCAUUGAAACAGUGAACGCAGAGAACGAUAUUUCUAAGGUCGAGUACGAACUUGUCGAUCAUUCAAACCCCAAGGGAAAAGAUGAUAAAAAAGGAAAUAAAGGAGGCAAGGGAAAAGGUGGUGAUAAAAAGCCCAAGGAAUGA